AAGGGGGAAAAGAUGUUGUUCCCGGCCUCGUCGCCAUUCCCUCCCGGCGGCGGGCAGGCCGCGUCCGACCACCACACGCGCCUGAGGUCCACGGCCGCGCGUUCUGACCUGCCGGGAGCGCUCCCCGCGUACGCUGCCAUGUCUUCUUCCUCAACGUCCAUGUCCACUCCUGCCCCAUCCUCCGCACCUUCACCUCGCUUCUCAAACUCUGCUCUGCGUACGCGGUCUCGCCAUGGGCCACGCUGUCCUCCACGCCCAGCUCACGGCACAGAGACCAGCGGAGGCCGUCACGGCGAUGGCGAACACGUACGACAAGUGUCGCCGGCCUGGCGACGCGCGCAUGGUGUUCGACAAUAUGCCCGUCCCAGACCGCGUUGCCUGGAACGCGCUCGUUGUGCAGUACGUGAGGACUGGGAUCACUGUGGCGGCCAUGGCGUUGGUGGUUCAGAUGCAGGAUGAGAACGGGCAGCGGCCUGACUCCGUCAUGCUGUUCUUGCUGCCCGUCUGCGCUGACGCCCAGGAGCUUGGGGUCUGCCACGAGGUGCACGCUUUUGCUGUCAGCACCACUGAGGCUCUGGCAUAGUUCAAGACGAUGGUGUGGGAGGGCGUGGAUGUGACUGAUGUGUCUGUAUUGUCAGCAUUGCAUGCCUGUGGCGUGCUUGUGUAUCUUGAUCAGGGGAGCUAUUUGUGAGAAUUGCACUGGAGCCAAAUGUGUCAGUGAUGAACGCACAGAUCGCCAUGUACUCCCAAGUGCAAGAGGACCGACCUUGCUGCUGGCUGCAAUUCACGGAUCUCAUGCCGUAUUCUCGGCUUCACGCGGAAUGGAAGGUCGGAUGAUGCGUGGAGACUAUUCUCCAGGAUGCAGAUGUAAAUGUGAAACCUGAUUCGUUUACUCUCGCCAGUCUCAUUCUCGCCGCUGCAGACAUUCCAAACCCAUAGCAGGCAAGAUGCCUAUGAAUCCUGACAUUAGUGUUUAUGGUGCAAUCUUAGGCAGUUGCAAGUUGCACAUGAAUCUAGAAUUGACAGAAGAAUCAACAGAGAGGAUCUUUGAGCUAGUGUUAAGAAGAGGGUGUGUAUCAUGACCUCCUAGCUAACCUUUAUGAAGAUGCUUCAAUGUGGAAGGAUGUUGGAAGGAUGAGAACUGCUAUGGAGAAGAAAUGCCUCUAAAAGACUCCUGGAUGGAGUAUUGUGCAGCUCAAGAAUCAGAUCUGUGCCUUCUAUUCACGAAGCACAAAUCACUAGCAGACAAAGGAUAUUUAUGCAAGGUUUGCAACGCUAUAGAGGAAAUUAAAGUGUGAUAUGUGCAAGACACUGAUUUGAUACAUGAUGUAGAAGAUGAUGUCAAGGCGCAGUUACUCAGUAUUCACGUAAAAAGCUUGCGGUCGAAUAUCGGCUCAUUCGCACAGCCGCUAGUACAACAAUUCACAUAAGGAAGAACCUUCAUUUGCACAGCUCCUGGUACAACAAUUCAGAUAUGGAAGAACCUUCGAGUCUGUAACGACUGUCACAAUGCAUUGCAACCCAGCUAACAAUCUCAAGUGACA